AUUGGUCGAUCGAGAUCACGUGACCAAGAAUGUUUACAAACAUGGCGGUUCCAGGUUGGAACUUUCGUGUUGGAGUUUAUGAUGUUGGUUAUUUAUUACAGGUGGAGAGAAAAUUAGAAAUUGAUAAGAGGGCUAUCAUAAUUAAUUGUCUAUAUAAUUCACCAGAUACCCAUGGUAGCUUGCAGGUGACAGCAGUAUCCUCAAAAUGGGCUCAGGACUUUGUACCCACAAGGAAGUGAAGAUAAUUAUGCUGGGUCUGGAUGCUGCUGGCAAAACUUCAGUGCUGUACAAACUCAAACUGGGUGAAAUUGUCACAACCAUUCCCACUAUAGGUUUUAAUGUUGAGGAGCUGAAGUAUAAGAAUUAUGACUUCAUUGUGUGGGACGUGGGUGGCAGAGACAAGAUUAGACCACUUCAGCGUCAUUACUACCAGGGCUCUGACGCCCUGAUCUUUGUUGUCGACAGCAAUGACAGGGAUAGAAUGGAGCAGGCAAGGGAUGAGCUGCACAGUAUUUUGUCAGAAGAGGAGAUGAAAGAGGUGGUUCUUCUGGUUUUGGCCAACAAGCAGGAUGUGGCCAGUGCCCUCAGCUGUGCGGAGGUGGUUGAAGUCUUGGGGCUGAACGCCAUAAGACACAAAUGGUUUAUCCAAUCUACCUGUGCCAUAAAAGGGGAAGGAUUAUUUGAAGGAUUAGACUGGCUGACAAACACACUGGCCAAUAGAAAGAUGGAAGAAAUGCUUGUCAAGCCUGUCAAUCAAACUGUUUCCAAGGCAACAGGAUUGGCCAAGGAGGGGGUGGGUCACAUUGCCAAAAGGUUGCUGAAAAAGUGGUUCACUUGAACACUUGUCAAUCAAGUCAUUUUUUCAGCAAGUGGGUGUGAUCUGUGAUCAGCAAGAAAAUGGGGUCUAAAGCAGCGUCAGUCCCCAAAAUUGAAUAUUCUUAACAAGAUCACUGGGGCAACAAAUGUAAGACUGGAACCAAAUAACUCCCUGUUAAUUUGAUCCAAUAUUAAUCAGACUGCUGAAAGGCAACAUUACAUCUGUUUUGUAAAAAAAAAAAAAAGAAUGGCUAACUUUGAUUGACUAUUGUGAAGUGAUCAUAUAUUUAAGUAGACAAAAAAUUUAGCCUUAUGGUCAAUUUCAUUUUUGGUCCUAAAAAUCCUUCUGAGGCUUUGCUAAUUGAUUGCUAUUGUAUUUCUUAUGUUGAAGGGUUCAGCAGGCCUGUAACAAGCAAUUUUAUUUGGGGGGGGGGG